AUGGCUUACGCAGAGGUUGUCUCACGGCAGAGGGAAUUCUUCCGAACAGGAGAGCCAGCGAAAAUUGAGCAUAGAAAACAGCAGCUACGCAAUUUGCGCAAAAUGAUCACCGAAAACUCAGAAGCGUUGGGUGAAGCU